GAAAGACCCUGAGGGAUCCAUCAUAGGUACAAACAACAACGACCAACUCAAGCCACUGUAGUAAAAACCUAACCAAACCUGUCGCUGCGCCUCACACUUUUGGUCAGCAAUUCAGCUACCACUGUUAUCGUGUUGUUUCCGAUAUACUCGUGUCCCCUCGUGUUGAUUGAUGGGGGGAUUUUUCGGACGAAGUCUUAAAAGACAUCCAUCCCACCUUUUGUGUUGUCAGGGUCGAUCUUUACCCUCACCACUCAUUCACCUAGUCACCCACUGUUGAUUGACCACUCAGCCGUUCUUGGCCCGUUGAUUGGAAUCAACUCGCGACUUAACAAAACACGGAGUCACGAACAAACUCGCUAAAAUAAUCGUGACAGGGCAAGUCGUUGCGACCAGACUAGACCUUAGCGCAACGGGUGCGUGUUUGUGUGUUCUGUACCUACAGUAAGGCCAGGUACCCUUUUCGGGUCAUUCACCCCACAAAUACUGCACCACACGCCCCAGUUUGGUUUGGAACUUGACGCCCCCAGUGCCUGGCGCCGCUCGAGUGUGUUGUGCUUUUUUGACAAGAGCAGGUAUCCCUGGUUUGUUGCAUUUUUAAACCAGCAACAACAUUGGCUUUCCUUGAUUGACCCCCUUUGUUCGCAUCUCGUUCCAUUCCGCUUGGGUAAAGGAUCAACACCGAAGGAAAAAUACAGAAGCCCGCAAAAAGAGGGACGACCUUGCGGGUACAAAUCAAAACCAAAUAAUCGUGUCCCUCACCUUCGCCCCGACCACGAACCAAUUCAAGCGGAACCACCCCAGCCACUUAUUUAGCCAAGCUCGACCGUGACACCCGGAUCGUAUCGCAAUUCAGCCUCCCACCCACCGGGCCCAACGCUAAUUCACCUCCCUUGAUACCUAAAUCUUGGGGCGCUCGCUUCUGGGCGUCUCCCUCCCAAAUACGACUUUCACCAAAACCCAACCGAACAUGGAUCCCAACAACUACUAUAAUGGCAAAGGUCCGCGACCAGAUCAUUCACAGUCGCCGUCACCGUACGAACCCUACGGCGGUGCACCAUCAACCGUGAGCUAUCCCGAACCACCGGCGUACUCGUCACAGCAGUACCUGGGCCAGCCGAAUGGCAGGCCGAACCAGCAACAACCAGUAAACGGAAACUCCCCAUUCGAUAGCGUCUUCGACGACAAUGCCUAUCCGAUGAAUGGCCAAAGAAACCAGAUGGGCCAGAAUGGCAGGCCGCAGCAGCAGCAAGACACGGGAUACUAUGGCGGGGGUACUUUCCAAAGGCAGGAUUCGGAUCCGAUGGCCUCGCGCGACGACAUACCCCUGCAGGAGCGAUUGGAUCGGCAUAAACAGCAGCACGGCAGCCAUGUCGACGACCCCGAGGGUGGCAUGCCUGGUGCGGCGGCGGGUGGUUCCGACGGUCGCGGCAGGUCGAUGAAGCAGAAGAUUAGGUUCGGCGAGUUGGGAAUGCUGACCAGCGGCAAGCAAAAGAUCGCAUGGGUCUGCUGGAUAUUUUUCAUAAUACAGAGCGCCGUUUUCAUUGGAGAGAUUGUCAAGAAUGCGCAAUUAACGGGUUCCCCGAUCAUGAUCAGGCCUCAGUUCAACCCCAUGAUUGGCCCGACGCCCUACGUUCUCAUCAACAUGGGCGCCCGCUACAUGCCCUGCAUGCACAAUGUCGAUGGCGUCCAGGACUCCCCGAAUGUUAUCUCAUGGCCCUGCCCCAACAUGACCACCCAGGCUCCAGCUUGCACUUUGUCGGAGCUGUGCGGUUUCGGAGGCGUCCCCGAGCCCCAAUAUGGUAAGCGUACGGGCAAAAAUGGUCAGCCAGGCCCCGACAAGGACAACCAGCCUAACCAGUGGUUCCGUUUCAUCACGCCCAUAUUCAUGCACGCGGGCCUGAUCCACAUCGGCUUCAACAUGCUCCUGCAGUUGACCCUGGGCCGCGAGAUGGAGCAGGCCAUCGGCUCGAUCCGUUUCUUUCUCGUCUACAUGAGCGCGGGCAUCUUUGGCUUCGUUUUGGGAGGCAACUACGCCGGCGCAGGCACGCCCUCGACCGGUGCGUCGGGCUCGCUGUUUGGCGUCAUCGCCCUGACCCUGAUCGACCUGCUCUACUCGUGGAAGGACCGCAAGAACCCGGUCAAGGAUCUGCUCUUCAUUUUUCUCGACAUUGCCAUAUCGUUCGUCCUGGGGCUGCUCCCCGGCUUGGACAACUUUUCCCACAUUGGCGGCUUCCUCAUGGGCCUGGGGCUGGGCGUGUGUCUGCUCCACUCUCCAAACUCGCUGCGUCGCCGCAUCGGCGUCGACGCGCCGCCCUACGCGAGCGUCACUUCGGGCCAGGACAGCCAGACCGCGCCUCCGUUCCACAAAAACCCGAUCGGUUUCUUUAAGGGCCGCAAGCCGUUGUGGUGGGCGUGGUGGCUGAUCCGAGCCGGCGCACUAGUCAUCGUCACCAUUGGCUUCAUCCUGCUCCUCAACAACUUUUAUGUUGUGCACCAAAAGUGUAGUUGGUGCAAGUACUUGAGUUGCAUCAACAUCAACAACUGGUGCGAGAUGGAAGACUUGAGGUUUGAGAAUACUACUGCUCCAACAAGUAGUGCAGCAUCACCGGCCGCAACCGGUGCACAGUUGCUUGGAGGUUUUUAAUACCAGGAUCUGAAAUUCUUUGGUGUACGGGACGCGUUGACUCUUCUUUUUUUCCCUCUCUCUCUCUCUCAAAUAUCCUCAUUGCAAGCAUUUUCUCCCUUAAUACUGCCGUCGUGUUAAGAACUUUUCCCAAAAAGUGGAAAACGAGCAUGCCCCAUAUGACCGACCCAACGUCGAAUGGACGUGGCAAUAACCGUCAGGGUGGAUGAACUUGGGUCACCAAUGUUUUAUUACUCUUUUUUUUUCUCCCUCGAUUCUCCCAUUGAAUUAUUCUUUUUCCAACCAAUGUUUUUCAUCCCGUUUACUAGACUUGAUACGAAUGAUAACCGCACAGCGACGGCGUUUUGCUUGGGAUUGAGAUCUCUACGAUGGGCUGGACGAUGGGGGGUUAUGUUACAUUUGGGCGCUGAUAAAUUCUGUUAAAGUCCUGGGCUGUAAUCUUAAAGAAACCGAACCGGUGCCACGGUACCGUGCGCGAAAUCAAAUGGCAAAAGGAGCAGAACCGUGUUAAUGGGCUCUGAUUACAGGGGGUGCGCUGUUCUUUGACUGCAAUAUAGCAGACAUCAAAGCAACCAUUCAAAUCUUCAUGUACCGUCUACCUCUCACACCGCUCAUCUGCUUAUAUGAUCAAACAGAUGACCGGUUUCAUUACCAUUACAUGCAGA